AAGAAAACAACAUUCCUGAAAUUGCCGCAACCGAUGCUGCUGCUCGUGCAACCAUUGACCGAGAAAUGAUACGUUCGCACAAAGUGAACCCCAACUCUGCUUUGGAGGAGCGCAUACGCCAGUUGGAACUAGAAAAAAACCUACUUUUACUCCAGAAAGAAAUGGCUGAGCUGAAGGCUACGACCGCUGGCGGAACGAGUGCCGACGUAAAUGCACUCGCUCCAGCGCGUGACGUUUUCGAGUGUGUUGCAGGCAUGGUGUCGCCGUUUUCUGGCGACAAAUCUGAAAGUAUCACUCCUUGGUUUGAGGAACUCGAAAAGGCAAUAGGCAUACUUCAACUUCACGACAUAUCGAUGUUAUAUGUUACACGCCGGCUUUUAGUUGGAACUGCGGCUAUAUUCGCAAAGACCGUGCAUGCGAGUAGCUAUGUUGAACUCAAAGUAAAGCUAACCGCAGCUUUCGGAAAAGGCCCUUCAUCGGAAUGUGUCUACGCUGAAUUGCGACGCCGGCGCCUUCUACCCACUGAAACAACAUUUCGAUAUGUAUUGGAAAUGGAAAAGAUAGCUAAAAAGGGAGCUGUACCCGAAGAAGAACUUAUUACUAUCAUCAUCGACAACAUGGGAGAUGCUAGCAACACGAGUGGUAUGCGAUACGCAGCCAACACACUGGAAGAUCUGAAGAAGUUUUUGGGGAAAUACGAACAACUGCGUAUGCUAAAAGCACCACCGUCAACUCGUGCUUCACCACGACAACCCGUCGGCAGUCUAGAAGCUUCAGAAAUUCGAUGCUUUAAUUGUUCGGCUUUUGGGCAUUAUCGUGAUAAGUGCCCGAAACCGCCUCGUCCACCAGGAGCCUGUUUUCACUGUCAUCAGAGGAAUCACACUUACAAAGACUGCCCAGAAAGGAACAACACUUCAACAGGAGCAGUUUUUACAACCGAUAGAGACUCCGUAGUUACACUGCAAGAAACACAAGAGGAAGUCCAACAUGCUUCAUUGAUGAAUCACUGGUCCCAAAAUCCUGUCUAAAUGCUAUCAAAACAUCAAAUUUUCGUGGUUUAGGAAAUAAUCAACUUAAAACACGUGGCCAGUUGAGAUGUCGAAUUAAAUUCAAUGAUCAAAUUAAAGAACACACAUUUCACAUUCUCAGUGCAGGGAGCAUGGUUUGGCCAUUAAUUAUCGGACGUGACUUACUUAUGAAAUUUAAUAUCCGUCUCACACAAAUCAAAUUUAAAUACAAUAAAGAUGAAUUAAUGAAUAUAAAUA